UGGAGGUGGAAUGCAUCCUUUUUUCUGUGCUGUAUAGUAGUCUUGCAUAGAAUCUACCAAAAAUCAUUUACCAGUUCUCCCAUUGAGGGCAUUUGAGUGGUUUCCAAUUUGGGGCUAUGACAAAUGAGGCUGCUGAGAACAUUCUUGUCUGUGUCCUUUGGUAAAACAUGGACACUUUUCUCUUAGGUGAAUGUUGAAGAGAAGCAUCGCUGGGUCAAAGGGUAGAUGCGUGUUCAGCUUUAGUAGGUGCCAGACAGUUUUCCAGAGUGGCUCUACUUCUUUCUUUUUCCACCAGCAAUGCAUGGAAGUACAAGGGGAUUAUUUAAACUGUAAAAUCAUAUCCUGACCCUCCCCUGCCUCCAGACUCUCUCUGUGGCUCCCUAAUGCCCUCAGAGUAAAACCCACACUCAUCACUGUGGCCCACAAGGACCUAUGUGAUCCAAGCGCCGCAACUCUCCCCACCACCAGUCCCCUCCCCUCUCUCCCUUGCUCGCACUGUCCAGUCAUAGAGAUUUCUUUGCUUUUUUUCAAAAUGCCAAACUCAUGAUCACUCUGAGCCUUUGCCCUUGCAGUUCCCCCUGCCAGGAACACCCUUGCACCAGAUCUCCCCACAACUGACUCUUCCUUUGCUUGGCUGUGUCUUUCUUGGGCUUUGGGUCUCAGUUCAGAUGUCACCUCUUCAGAGAGAUCUUCCUUGAAAUCCCUGGCUUCUAACAUUGCCCCUUUCGUGGUCAAUACUUCUCUCUUUUUAGACUUAGGUUCUGACCUACAAGAGCUUCAUAAAAUGACUUGGGCAGUUCCCAUUGUUUUCAAAAGUCUGAGGUAGUUUAAAGAACAUUUCACUUUCCUGUCCUUUAAGACUUGAUAAAAUAACCAUAAAACUGUCGGGGCCUGUUGUCCUUUUAAUGGUAGGUCUCAAGUCACUUUUCUAAUCUUCUGUGGUCAUUGGUCUACUUAAGCUUUCUACUUUUGAGGUCAGUUUAUCACAAUGGUUGGCACUUGAUAAAUGCCAAGUAUGGGGGGCAAAGAAAGGGGUGGGAGGUAUUGGACUCUUGACUUCAAAUGCCCACUCCCUUGUCCAUCUGCUCAGGGCCCCAUCCAGCCCUUCCACUGAGGCCCAACUACAUGCUUCCUCCUUUGAGACGUCCUCUUGGAUUUCUCCUGACUCUUCUUCCCUUUCCUGGGUCGAUGAAUCCACCUGUGCCUCUCUGCUGGGCAGAUGCCAUAAGCUCUCUGCUUUCUAGCUGGACAUUGGUGGGGGUGGGGGGGACAUGCGCACAGAAGAGUACUCCCCUAACCUCAGCCUCCCCCCUCGUGCCCUGCAGAUUCAGCACGCACCACCACCUCCCCCCAGCAGUUCUGGUCACGCCAACAUCUGGAGAAGGGGCCGCCAGGUCUGUCUGCUGCUUGGGGUGGGGAUUUGCAUACCAAGGACACUCCACCCAGCCUGGGACAAUGGGGAGGAAGAAAAUUCAGAUCUCACGCAUUCUGGACCAAAGGAAUCGGCAGGUGACAUUUACCAAGCGGAAGUUUGGGCUGAUGAAGAAGGCCUAUGAGCUAAGUGUACUCUGCGACUGUGAGAUCGCCCUCAUCAUCUUCAAUAGCGCCAACCGCCUCUUCCAGUACGCCAGCACGGACAUGGACCAUGUGCUACUGAAGUACACAGAGUACAGUGAGCCUCACGAGAGCCGCACCAACACCGACAUCCUCGAGACACUGAAGCGGAGGGGCGUGGGCCUUGAUGGACAAGAGCUGGAGCCAGAGGAGGUGAUUGAGGGGCCAGGAGAGAAGCUGCGGAGGCUGGCAGGUGAUGGGGGUGACCCAGCCUUGCCCCGGCCCCGGCUCUACCCAGCAGCUCCCACUAUGCCCAGCCCUGACAUGGCAUAUGGGGCCCUGCCCCCACCAGGCUGCGACCCCAGUGGGCUUGGGGAGGCCCUGCCUGCCCAGAGCCGCCCAUCCCCCUUCCGUCCAGGAGCCCCUAAAGCUGGCCCCCCAGGCCUUGCGCACCCUCUCUUCUCAGCAAGCCACCUUGGCAGCAAGACACCACCGCCCCUGUACCUGGCAGUGGAUGGGAGGAGGCCAGACCUGCCUGGUGGCCUGGCUGGGGCCCGAGGGGGACUGAGCACCUCGAGAGGCCUCUAUGGUAGCCUGCAGAGUCCGUGCUCCACUGCCACCCCAGGACCCCCACUAGGGAGCUUCCCCUUCCUCCCUGCAGGUCCCCCAGAAUAUGGCCUGGGAGACCCCCCUCCGCCCCCAGGCUUGCUGCAGCCCCCCACCCUGGCCCCCUGGCAGCCCUCCAGGGGUGAUGGGCCCCCGGUCACCCCCGCCCAGCCCAGUGGGGGCCGCAGCCUGGGCGAGGAAGGCCCUCCAGCCCGCGGCGCCUCCUCGCCCACCCCACCAGUCAGCAUCAAGUCCGAGCGCCUCUCGCCGGCCCCUGGAGGCCCCGGCGACUUUCCAAAGGCCUUCCCCUACCCCUUGCUCCUGGCCCGGCCCCUGGCAGAGCCCCUACGGCCUGGGCCCCCCCUGCGCCGGCUGCCCACUACCGACGGCUGGCCCCGGUAGUAGGCCCGGGGGUGGCACCGAUUCUGCCCCUCACACCAGGCGAGGUGAGGGCACGUGGGGUUCCAACCUCCCUCCCUGUGUCCUUGGAGAAGACCUAGCAGUUACGACCCUCUCCGCGGCAGGGGCCUGGAGGGGGGAAAGCCUUGUUCGGAUCCAAGGUUGGGGUGCUCCUUUCCCCCUUCCCGUGUGUGUGUAUCCAUCAAUAAAACACACGGGGCAUCCGUG